GUGGCUGCCGGGUGUCGCACGCCUUCCCUUUCCUUGCCUCUCCCUUUUACCCCGGCUCCCAUCCCCGCCCCCACGGCCGCUCCGCUCUCUGGCGUGACUCGGCAUUGAGAGCCCCGGGAGAAGACUCCGCGCUCGCUACCUCCUCUGUCCAGGCCUCGGCCUUCCUGAGCCUCCCUCCUUCCUCUCCCGGGUCUUCUUCAGUUUUGAAGCCGGUGGCUUCGCGGCCGCCCUGCCGGACUUCUGAGAAUGGUGGGUGUGAAGCCGGUCGGGAGUGACCCGGAUUUCCAGCCGGAGCUGAGCGGCGCGGGCUCCAGACUCGCCGUGGUCAAGUUCACCAUGCGAGGGUGUGGACCGUGUUUAAGGAUUGCCCCAGCAUUCAGUUCUAUGAGUAAUAAGUAUCCACAAGCAGUAUUCUUGGAAGUAGAUGUACAUCAGUGUCAGGGAACAGCUGCCACCAACAAUAUAUCAGCAACACCAACAUUUCUGUUUUUUCGAAACAAAGUGAGAAUUGAUCAGUAUCAAGGAGCAGAUGCUGUGGGACUAGAGGAAAAGAUCAAGCAGCACUUGGAAAACGACCCUGGAAGCAGCGAGGACACAGAUAUUCCAAAAGGCUAUAUGGAUUUAAUGCCUUUUAUUAACAAAGCUGGCUGUGAAUGUCUUAAUGAAAGUGACGAGCAUGGAUUUGACAACUGUUUACGAAAAGACAUGACCUUCUUGGAAUCUGAUUGUGAUGAACAGCUCCUUAUUACCGUGGCAUUCAAUCAGCCUGUUAAGCUUUACUCAAUGAAAUUUCAAGGGCCGGAUAAUGGUCAGGGUCCUAAGUAUGUAAAAAUUUUUAUCAAUCUACCCCGGUCUAUGGAUUUUGAAGAGGCAGAAAGAAGUGAGCCAACUCAAGCUCUGGAACUAACAGAGGAUGAUAUUAAAGAAGAUGGUAUUGUCCCACUUCGUUAUGUAAAGUUUCAGAAUGUUAACAGUGUAACUAUAUUUGUUCAGUCCAAUCAAGGUGAAGAAGAAACAACAAGAAUUUCAUAUUUUACUUUUAUUGGGACUCCAGUCCAGGCAACAAAUAUGAAUGACUUCAAACGAGUAGUUGGCAAAAAAGGAGAAAGCCACUAAGGUACAAAAGACACUGGAAGACUAUAUUGCAGUCAGAUCUACAGCUCCUGGAUAAUUGCUUGAUUCUCACCAGAGACUUUCAAUAUUUCAUUCAUUGCCAUUACCAAUAAAUCAUUGCUUUUGUUCAGAUGAUAUCACUAGUGUUUCUCUUGUAAUCUUACUACAUGGAAUUGUAAAUAAAAGUAACUACUUUUGCCAAGCUUAA